CACAAUGUGGGGGAGGAAUUUAUGUCAGCGGACUCACCACCAUUUACUCGAGAUCAGGAACCACUUCCCCACCGAGAUUCCCCGCCUUGACCACUAUUUGUACCUUUGAGUCGCUCCAACCGACCACGAAAUCAUCGGAAUGAUCGGAGGGGCGGACCAUCCUCCCCAUUGCGUGAAGCAGGAAGGCAGGACGAGGAAACACAAACCACCACGGGUGUGGGUGGGAAUCGUCCUUUCUGUGCUCCUCGUUGCCAACCGGUGGUGGUGGAAGGAACUACCCUCCGCGGGGAAACUCGUCGGCCACCAUCAUUACCACCACCCUAUCCAAUCUGCGAUUGCCAUUCUCGAAGAUCCAAAAGACCACAGCGGCAGUAAUCAAUCGACAACUACUCUAGAUAGUUUGGAAUCCAAGCCUAGCACCCUUUCGCUGCGGGAUCGGACUUCUCGGAACGACACGGAACCGACAGGGAACCCCUUGCUGAACGAGAUGCUUAGUGGUUCGCAACCAACGUCCGGUUUUUUCCCCAGCAGCAACAACAGGCAUAAGAAUCUCCGCUUGCAGUUUGAAACCGGAACCCGCGUGACGCUCCUCCACAUUGGGAAAACGGGGGGAUCGGCCCUGAGGCAGUUGGUGCGUUCCGCCUCGGAAUACUGUCGUUCCCACAACCACAACGGCACUGUUAGAGACAAUCCCAGCAGCCAAUCGACAGCGAUAGAGAAUCACGGGGAAGGCACCGCUGCAGAAAUCUUGCACCACCACAUGUGUGCCCUGGCCCGCGUCACCGAUUCUAGGGCCAGCGACGACGGCGAGGGGGGCGACGGAACACAAUAUCAAACCAAUGGAAAAGGAGAACCACCAGGCCGCGGCCUCGUGCACCUCGACCGGAACCUACACAAGACCCUCACCAAUUCCCAUUUCCUGGUCCCGAUCCGGAACCCGAUCGACCGUUUGGUCUCUUGGUUCCACUACGAGCGUCACUUUCAGGCCGUCCUGGGGAAACGGCGCUCGCACGCCCUCCACGACCUCGUCGAUCCCCACCGGUGCAAUUACCGGACAGUAGAAGAACUGGUUCUGGGGCACGGGGGUGCCCCGGGGGCUGGCACCAACAGCAGCAAUAGCCACAACAAUAGCAGCAAUAGCAUCCACAAAGACAUCCGAAAACGCGGGAACCGCUUUUUCGACGACUUCUUUCCGUCGGGCAUCGCCAGCGAGUAUUGCUCGAGACUCGCGAGGCAGUGCCUAGAGGGAUCCAUCCCGUGCUACGCCCACAAUUUCUUCAACUACGAAUACUACCUCGAGGACGUUCUGGUGCGGAUCCUCAUGGGCCGCUCCAGAGCUGCAAACACAACCGCAAACGCAACUUCGAACGCAACAACGGAUUCAAACAUGGACCAGGCACCCGUUCCGAGAAUCGACGUGAUCCGUGCCGAAGACUCCGCGGGCGACCUCAACCGUACCCUCCUGGAGUGGACGGGGCUCCCGGUGACCCCCGAGAUGGACUCGUUCUAUACAGUCCGUAAACCCUUUGGGGUGGACACGCACUACAGCAGCAACGAGAUAACCACCACCACCACCAGCGACAACGACGACAACGACGACCAAAGCCACAGCAGCAACGACAUCGUCGCGCAACAAAAACCACCCCCCCUCUCGGAUGCCGCGGCCUCCACCCUCUGCGGGUGGAUCUGCCCCGAGCUAUUGGCCUACGCCAAGAUCGUCUCGCACGCCUCCAACCUUUCGCAAGGCGACAAGCAGCGUACGCUGGACCGGCUGGACGAGAGCUGUGGCGGCGGCAGAGGCGAGGUUCGGAAGCUCUGCGGGGGGACCUUUUACUACCGGCGGGUCCGCAGCCAGCGCCGGCCGAGGUUCUGCGAGCCCGGCACCGGCACUACCAGAGGUCCGACCGGUGGUGAAAAUAGAAGGCAGCGACGGCUGUCCUACCUCCGAAGCGGCCAGGGAUAUCCCCCGUGCUGAUUGGAGAGGGCACACACCCGCGAGCAAUGAUACACGAUCGGCUCUCUGCUGCAAUAGAGUUUAAAAAGCUGU